CUUCUUUCCGAGGCUUCGGUUUAUCUAUGGCUUUCUCCGUCUCACAGUCGCACGCUUAUCUCGCACCUCCUCUUACUUCCCCUCUCGGCCACGGUCACGAGCGAAUCUAGGGCUUCCGCUGCCUGUCGAUGCUUUAUAUUUUUUCUAUCUUAAUCUAUCCUCAAUUGUUUCGAUUCACAGGAUUCUAACUUUGAGAAUUUUCCGGGGCAGAGUCUUUGGAGGGAAAAUAGGAUUGGUUUUUUUAAAUGUCAGCUGCCUUUCUCUUGUACUACCUGUUCAUGGAUCUUUGAAGCUUUUUUUUUUCCUUGGAAUUAGUUGUGGAAGCUAGUUUGUAGUGGUAGAAGUUUGAAAAAGUUGCAAUGUACGCGAGGAGAAUAAAGUGUAGAAAUCAGAGAUGGGAUUUAGUGUUUCAGCCAUCCAAAUAUUUAAGCAGGCCCGAUGGCCGGGAUAGUGUUUAUUGUCAAUAUUUGAAUUGUAAAAGUUUUUCUCAGAGUAGGUUUGUACGUGAUAAUUCAAUCACAAGACGUCUAUUACCUUCCUUUGGGACACGAGGUGACUACUUAAAUUGUCAUACUAGCUUGGAACAGGCUUCAAAUUCAUUUUUAAGAUGUGUUCAGUUACGUCGGUAUAGUUCUGAGGGUGAUGGAAGGAAUGCUAGUGAGGGUAAACACAUACCUGUAAAAGAUACAGCUGAUUUUGAGAAGGGAAAGCCCAGGAAAGAAGUAAUAGGGGAGGAUGCAAAGCAUUGUGAUCCUCAUGCUGAACUUGGAUUACAAGAUCAAAAGGAAUGGCUUAAAAAUGAAAAGCUUGCAAUGGAGAGUAAAAGGAGACAAUCCCCAUUCAUCACUAGACGUGAAAGAUUUAAAAACGAGUUCUUAAGAAGGAUUGUUCCUUGGGAGAAAAUCACUGUUUCAUGGGAUACCUUUCCAUAUUACUUAAAUGAUCACUCGAAAAGUUUGUUGGUUGAAUGUGCUGCUUCCCAUUUCAAGCACAAAAAAUUCACUUCCUCGUACGGUGCUCGUUUGACUUCCUCAAGUGGCAGAAUACUACUUCAAAGCAUUCCGGGCACUGAGCUCUAUCGUGAGAGGUUAGUCAGAGCACUUGCACGGGAUCUAAAAGUGCCUUUACUGGUGCUAGAUAGCAGCAUUCUUGCUCCUUAUGACUUUGGUGAUGACUGCUCCUCAGAGUGCGAAUCAGAUGAUGAAGCAGAAUCUGGUGAGGAUUGUGCUUCAGAAUCUGAGGAUGAGAAUGAGAACAGUGCAACUAACGAGGAGUGGACAAGCAGUGGGGAGUCAAAAUCAGAUUGCAGUGAGAUUGACGAAGCUGAUGUUGAGGCAACCGCAGAAGCAGCCCUAAAAAAACUUAUUCCAUGCAAUAUUGAAGAAUUUGAGAAAAGAGUCAAUGGAGAUUCCGACGAUUCGGCUGAGUCAUCACAAUCCGAGCCUAGUGAAACUUCUGUUAAGUUAAACAGACCACUAAGGAAAGGUGAUCGAGUGAAGUAUGUUGGGCCUUCUAUACAUGUUGAAGCUGAUAAGAGGAUCACAUUGGGGAAGAUAUCAACAUCCGAAGGUCAAAAAAUUGCUUAUACCAUUAUUCGUGGCAGGCCUUUAUCAAAUGGUCAACGUGGGGAAGUCUACGAGGUUGAUGGAGAUCGUGUUGCUGUGAUUUUGGAUAUGCAUGAUGUAAAACCAGAUGGAGACAAAGAUGAGACAUCCUCCGAAUCCGCAUCAAAACCUCCAAUCUAUUGGAUACAUGCUAAGGAAAUUGAGCAUGAUCUUGAUACUCAGUCCGAAGAUUGUAUUAUUGCAAUGGAGGUUCUAACUGAGGUUGUUAAUUCAAUGCAACCUAUUAUUGUCUAUUUUCCAGACUCUUCUCAAUGGUUGUCUCGGGCAGUUUCCAAGGCCAACCGUGGGGAGUUUAUUCAGAAGAUGGAGGAAACCUUUGACAAAAUUUCGGGUCCUGUGGUUUUGAUUUGCGGACAGAAUAAAAUUGAAUCGGGCUCAAAGGAGAAAGAAAAACUUACUAUGAUACUUCCAAAUAUUGGACGCAUUGCCAAGUUGCCACUAUCGUUGAAACGUCUUACGGAGGGGCUUAAGACAACAAAGAGGUCUGAAGAUGACAACAUAUAUAAGCUCUUCACUAAUGUUUUGUGUUUGCAUCCUCCCAAGGAAGAAGAAGUCCUUAGAACAUUUAAUAAACAACUCGAAGAGGACAGAAGAAUUGUCAUUUCUCGGAGUAAUUUAAAUGAAUUACAUAAGGUUCUCGAGGAAAAUGAGCUGUCUUGUUUGGAUCUGUUGCAUGUAAUAACUGAUGGAGUAAUAUUGACCAAAAAGAGUGCUGAAAAGGUUGUUGGGUGGGCUAAGAAUCAUUACCUAUCGUCUUGCCAGCUUCCAAGCAUAAAAGGGGAUCACUUACAGCUGCCACGUGAAAGCCUCGAGAUAGCAAUCACGAGGUUAAAGGAUCAAGAAACAACUUCUUUUAAACCCUCUCAAGGUUUGAAGAACCUUGCAAAGGACGAGUAUGAGAGCAACUUCGUUUCAGCCGUGGUGCCAUCUGGUGAGAUUGGUGUGAAGUUUGAAGAUAUAGGUGCCCUUGAAGAUGUGAAAAAAGCACUUUAUGAACUAGUAAUUCUUCCAAUGAGAAGGCCCGAACUUUUCUCUCGUGGGAAUUUGUUGCGGCCUUGUAAAGGAAUAUUACUUUUUGGGCCUCCUGGAACUGGGAAAACUCUUCUUGCCAAGGCACUUGCUACUGAAGCAGGUGCAAACUUCAUCAGUAUAACCGGAUCAACACUUACAUCUAAGUGGUUUGGUGAUGCUGAAAAGCUUACAAAGGCCCUUUUCUCCUUUGCCAGUAAACUAGCUCCUGUCAUUAUUUUUGUUGAUGAGGUUGACAGUUUACUUGGUGCUCGUGGCGGUGCUUUUGAGCAUGAAGCUACGAGAAGAAUGAGAAACGAGUUUAUGGCAGCAUGGGACGGGUUGCGGACAAAGGACAGCCAACGAAUUCUUAUCCUUGGUGCAACAAAUCGACCAUUUGACCUGGAUGACGCCGUCAUUCGAAGACUACCCAGAAGGAUAUACGUAGACCUACCAGAUGCUGCAAAUCGUAUGAAGAUUCUUAAAAUAUUUCUUGCACAAGAAAAUGUAGUUCCUGAUUUCCAGUUUGAUGAACUUGCAAAUGCAACAGAGGGGUACUCUGGCAGUGAUUUGAAGAAUCUUUGUAUUGCUGCAGCUUAUAGACCUGUCCAAGAACUUUUAGAAGAAGAAAAUCGGGGUGCCCAAAGUGACAAUGCUACUCCAUUGAGGCCGCUUAAUCUUGAUGACUUUAUUCAGUCAAAAGCCAAGGUCGGACCAUCGGUUGCCUUCGACGCCACAAGCAUGAAUGAAUUAAGAAAAUGGAACGAGCAGUAUGGGGAAGGCGGUAGCCGGAGGAAAUCGCCCUUCGGGUUUGGAAACUAAGGUAACACAUUUUAUUAAAGUAGGAAGGAAAUAGAAGAGGAAUAAAGAACGCUCACUUUAUAUUCCUAACGGGAACACUUCCCAUCCUUUUUUGAAUCCAAUAGAGAGAGAUAGGCUUCAUCAGUUGUUCAGAAUCUUAGCUUUCAUUGUUUCCCAAGUUUUCUUCCUGUAACAUAGUUCUAUAGAAAACCAGAAUUUCUUCUUAUUUUUAAUUAACUUAUUUAUUUCUUUUAACCAUGAUUUCGUUACGUAAGUUCAAACUUCGUAUAUUCAUCGAUCGUAGUAAGCAUUUUAACUUGUUAGUGGUUUGGGUUCGUUUGAGAGACCCAUUUCAAA